CGAGCCGCUGCGAUGUAAACGCUUAACCUCCAACACUGUCUACUACGACAGCUCCUGUUGCGUGUGCACGAUUGUUUCUGUUACUUUCCUCGUCUACCUGUUCAUUAACUUUAAUUCGUGUUCCAAUAACUGUUAUCCCAUCCGCCGAGCCGGAUACAUCUGGAGAUCCCUUCUGUGGCGCCAUUGAUGGAGUUCCGCUUGGACAGCGCGGAGUACUGCCAGGCUCAACACAAAUAAAGUGCAGGCGCACCGCGCGGACGCGUGACGCUACGCUGGACCCAUGCCGCGUGCGCGCGCUGACUCGCUGAAAGCGCACACGUACACCCACCCACAGUUACCUUAAAUUCGGAGCCCGUUAAUUGGUGCAUAUCAAGUCGCCGAAGUUCGAGUGAAAGCAACAACUUAUGUUUUUCGCAUAAUUUUCUUUUUCAUUCCACAUUAAGAACUUUUGUUUCGCCGUUUCCGUAUGUACUCAAGUGGUUGAAAACGACAUCCAUGCGGGUGGCUCAGAUGAUAUAAUUGGACCCUUUCUAAACAAAAGUAACGAAACUGCCGUGUGUUGUGUGGAAAUAGAGUGACAGUUUGUCUGUUAGACUCUGACGGAUCGUGAGACUUGCGACGCGGGUGAAGUGAGGCUGCGGUCUAGUGAUUGUGAGUGUAGUAAGUGGGAGAAAGCGUAACCGUCACCAUGAAGCAGAAGGACAUCAGGCCGGCGCCGUCUCUCAUCGAGUACAAAUCCAUGCGGUUCUUGAUCACCGACAGGCCAUCCGACGUUACCAUCCAGUCCUAUCUCCAGGAGCUGCGCAAGCAUAACGUGUGCACGGUGGUGCGCGUGUGCGAGCCAAGUUACGAUACGGCGCCUCUCAAGAGCGAGGGCAUCGAGGUGCGAGACUUGGCUUACGACGACGGCACCUUCCCACCGCCAAAUGUCGUCGACGAGUGGUUCGAGAUCUUGCGCGAAAAAGCGCAGAACAAGCCGGAAGAGGCGGUAGCGGUGCACUGCGUCGCGGGACUGGGCCGCGCGCCCGUCAUGGUUGCGCUGGCUCUCAUCGAGCUCGGCAUGAAGUACGAGGAGGCCGUCGAGACCAUCAGGGAUCAGCGUCGUGGCGCCAUCAACGCUAAGCAGCUCUCGUACUUGGAGAAGUACAGGCCAAAGUCGCGUCUCAAGAAGAACGGGCAUAAGAACUCUUGCUGCAUACAAUAAACGGCCUAUUCACGAUCCUACAUAUUGCCUGGACGGAACGAGUCGAUCAGACGCAAGACAGAAAAAGUCAGCAUUAUUCUUGCAGCCUUUCUCUGUCGGACAAUAUUUAGGUUAUUGAAUAAGUCCGUAACGCAAGCAAGCGCGCCUGUAGGAACCCGUCCGCGCCCAUAACAGCGAAUGUAGCUCUGCUUUCACACACACACCGACACAGGGCAGCAUCACACAACCAACUAGUUUAUAUAAUAUAACGUAGCAUGUCGCCUUUUCGACGACCUCCUUAUUAUUUCGUUGGGAUUGUAACCGAAUUCCGACUAACCGAGCUUGCACUCGGUGCGCACAUUCCCGACCCCUUUCACUCGAACUAACCGAGAAUUUGGUUAUGAUCUCUUCAGUCUUUGACAUAUUUAUCUCGAGUUUUCUAUGAAGUUUUUAAUUGAGAGUCUUAUUGUAAGCUAAUGUUUGUACAUUCAAAGUAAAGGUGUAUUACC